AUGCCAGGCAUACCUCUUCACGCUAUUGACAACCUCAAGGCUAAGCUCAAGGCUGCCUUCAAGAAAAAGAGCAACUCCAAGUCCGAUACCACGAAGCCUGCAGAGCCUGCUGAUGCCAAAGCCGAUGCUGCCGCCAAACCAGCUGAGGCUUCUGUAACGGAUGCUGGCACUGCUGGUGCGACUGGGGCGCAGUCAGAAACAGCAGCUCCCACCACUGCAUCUGCUCCAGUCACUGAGACCCCCAAAGAAGAAGCCAAGGCGGACGCAGCUGCUAAAACGGACACCACAGCCGUCUCAGCCGAGGUCAACAAAGCUGAGGCUGCUGCUCCUCCAGCUCCCGUUGCUGCGCCUGCGCCCGCUCCUGCGCCUGUCCAGGUGAACACCGCUCCUCCGGCAGAGACGGAGGCGCCAGUCAACCCUCCCGCUACUUCCACGGCCUGA